AUGGAAAGCGCGAUGGAGCUUGCGGAUGAGUGUCUACCCCGCAUCUGGGAGCACACCUCGGGCUACAUCAGCACAAUGGCAGUGAAAUGCGCAGUCGAGUUGGAGAUUCCAGACCUCGUCCACCGCCACGGAGCUCGUCCCAUCACCCUCCUCGAGCUCGCCUCCUCGCUAACAAUCCCCGCGGUCAAAGCUCCGUUCCUGUCCCGCCUCAUGCGCGCGCUCGUCCACUUGGGCUACUUCCUCGAAGACGACCAAGGCCGCUACUCCCUGGCGCCGCUGUCUCGCCUCCUCCUCAAGGAGAACCCCUUGAGUGCAAGGUCAGCGCUCCUCCUCGGGAGCGAUCCUGUCAUGAUGGAUCCUUGGCGCCAGAUGAGCACUUGGUUUCGCGCCGGCGUCGAGGAGGAAGAAGAACAACAGCAGACUCCGUUCGCGCUCUCUCACGGUGGCAGGAAGCUGUACCAAGUCGCUGCCGAGGACCCGCGCUUCGCCCGGCUCCUGAACGAAGGCGUCGGGAGCGACAGCGAGCUGUUCGGUAGGGUUUUGGCGGGCAAGUGCCAGAAGGCGUUCCAGGGGUUGACCUCGCUCGUGGACGUAGGCGGCAACACCGGGAACACGGCUCGAGUCCUCGCCGACGCUUUCCCUGCCAUCGAAUUCACCGUGUUUGAUCUCCCCCAUGUGGUUGCCGGGUUGAAACCCACCCAGGAGAAUCUGUGCUAUGUUGGAGGGAACAUGUUCGAGGAAAUCCCCGCGCCAGCCGAUGCACUAUUGAAGCAAUGCAAGAAAGCGGUGACUAGUGGUGGAAAGGCAGCAGGAGGGAAGGUGAUGAUAGCAGACCAUGUGCUAGGCCACGAAAGCUGCAACGACCACAGCUCCACCACAGCGCUGCUGUACACGGACCUGGUCAUGAUGUCUUGUUUUGAAGGCGCCAUAAGAAGUGAACAACAGUGGUCCAAACUCUUCACUGAAGCUGGCUUCUCCAACUACACAAUAACUCCAGUUGGUGGGCUGCGGGUUCUUAUUGAAGUCUAUCCUUGA